CUGAAAACCAAGCUGAGGAAAAUCCCGUGCCGAAGGAAAAGCGUCCAAAGAGGCUAGAGUGGACGAAGGAAGACGAGGAAAAGCUGGUUAAUGCUUGGUUUAUGCAUUCUAAUGAUCCCAUCUCCGGCAACAAUAAGAGCGGAUCAAGUUUCUGGGGCCAAAUAGCGGCAACAUAUAACUCCACCUCCGACCCUAUCCGUCAUCGAACCGCCAAGCAACUUAAAGAUCAUUGGGUCACCUACAACCGGGAGGUGACCAAGUUCAAUGGAUUCUACCUCCAAGAAGAAAGGUUGCGUCAGAGCGGAGCUGACGAUGCAAUGGUCAUGGAUGCAGCAAUGGCGAGGUUCGAGGGUAAAAUGGGGCAUCCAUUUAAGCGCCAUCAUUGGUGGCAAGUUGUUCGCCACGAGCCCAAGUGGUCAGCAAAGCAUGGUCUUGGUAGUGGAUCUGAUUCGACUGCGAAUAAGAGAACCCGACUCGGAGUCUCUGGUGAAUAUAGUUCUGGAGGCACUGAAGACACCGAGGAGGAAGUGCCCCGACCAGCCGAAUUUUUUAUAUUUUAG